AUGUACACAGGUGACGUUGAGUAUAGAAAUGCUCUACAGCAGUAUGCACACUUUUCCAGCGUGUUUGAUUUUGCUUCUGGAGAAGGGAAUGGAGACGUGGGUUUUACUGACUCUGCUAGGAACCAAUAUAUUCCCUCCUCACAAGCCCUAUCCAGCAGCAUGGAAGGCAACAGUCUGGCGAGAGCGGAUAUGGCAGCCGGAAACGGAACAGGAGUGCAGUCGUCUGGAUAUCCCUGGGCGUAUCUUCCGCCGCCGGUCAAACAACAAUCUGACCAGUCGAGACAGCUAUACGACAGCAUAUAUUCAUUGCCGCUGAUGUCCAGUUCUCCCAAAUACCCGGCCUUGAAUGCAUACGAUAUCCACGAUUCCGACCACAGUGCUCUGGCACAGGGGUUCGAAGCCUCGGACGGUCUAGUCGGCGUUAAUUCUAUGCAUAAUGGCCUCUAUAAAGCGAGCAUGCUGGAUGAACAUGUUCUGCUCUCUGCCAUGGAUUCUGAUUUCGCAAAUCGAACGUCCACCGAGGGAGAGUCCUUGCCCAGCUGGGAGAAUUCUCCUAGAUCUACCAUGGCACAGCUGACCGUAAACACUGCUGUCCCGACCACGCAGCCCUCCUCCUCGUUCGUAUCGGCCUCUAUGGGAUAUAACGAUAUAUCUGCGUACUCGGACAUCGCCUCGUCCACUUCCGCGUUCACUCCCUGCAGCUCUCUCUACUUCUCCAACACACCACUCUCGCCUGCAUCGUCACCUCAACGACAGCAGUACUCUGAUUGUCUCAGGGUUGAUUCGGGGCCGAUAUCUUCCACAUCACCCAGACCCCGCGGCCGGCAGCUGAGUGCCUAUAGCUAUGACGGCUGCGGCAGCGGAUGGACGAACGGGUCUUCCUCGAACUCGAGCAACCUUUCAUCCACCUUCCUCCCCCAAAACGCCGUUAACCCAUCCGUGCAGCGAACCCAGUAUCUCUCUCCACCGCGAGCAACCUCGGAAGCUGAACCGAUGAAGACGCUGCCUGUCUCGUCAUCAAACUCCCUGCCAAGUAUCAACGAGCCCAACUCUGACUUUAUAACUCCCAGCCCCAAGGCCCAGCAUGCGGUGCCCAGAGUCGUACUAGGCGACAAACCGCGGGAAUGCCACGACAUAGACCACUACUCGGACCUGACGACUCCCCCUGACCUGCUGAAACCGCUAAGGGAAGAACAGCUGCAGCCCCCGCCAGAAGACAUGUUCCCGUCUGACCCGUCCAUGGUGCCCCGUGAACAGGAGCUUCGCUUUGACGGCGACCUAUACACUCCGACCUGGGUACGCGGCCACGGAAACAAGCGUGAAGGCUGGUGCGGGAUCUGUAAACCGGGCCGGUGGCUCAUACUGAAGAACUCAGCGUACUGGUACGACAAGAGCUUCACGCAUGGCAUCAGUGCAACCACCGGCCAGGCGUUCAGUCCGCCAAAGGAAACCCGACGGACAGAGGGCAACGCCAACAUCUGGGAAGGCCUGUGUGAGAACUGCGAUCAAUGGGUCGGGCUCGUCAGCAGCAAGAAGCGAGGGACGACAUGGUUCCGCCAUGCUUACAAGUGCUAUAACAAUAGCAGCAAGGCCGAGGGGACGCUCAAGAGACGACGGGCGAGCACGGUGAGCGAAGACGGCUCGCAGUCGUCCUCUCGUCCUCGAUAUUCACCGGCAGCGACGUCCAAGGUGAAACCGGCCAUCCCUCGUUUCCUCCCAGGGAAGCCAUAG